ACGAGACCAGGCUGCUCCAAGCCCCGUGCAGCCUGGCCUUGGACACUUCCAGGGAUAGAGAGGUUAAAGAUGAGGUGAUUAUUUGGGCUCUCCCAGGGAGAAGGAGCACGGGGUGGUUUGUGUGCACCGGUGCUCUGGACAACCUUUUGUGGGGGCUCAUCCUGGGAGCUGCCACACUCAGAGCCCCCUGAGAACUUCACCUCAAACAUGUAUCCUGUGCUGUGCUUACUGCGCUGGUGGGUUUUGGUCCAUAUGCAGCUGCCUUUGGCCACUUGGCUGCCGUGGGCUGGGCUGAUGGUCUGGAAAAAAUAGCUCUAAGGCAUAUGUGCACGUGUCCCUUCGUUGUCAAACUUGGGGAUAAAUAUGCCUUAAUUAUCCUUUGUGUGACUGAGGGUGUUCUGCAGUUCAUGGUGCGUGAACUCUGCCCAGGUUCCAAGUUUUUGUUUAUGAUAUAAUAGAUCACUUGUUUUCCCCUACUAUUAUUAAAAGUGACAUUUAUGAGCUGUUCAGAUAUUCUGAACUCAGCUGAGAGGCUAAAACUGAAUUCUAGGUAUAUGCCCCAUUCAGAAAAAAUUCAGACAAAAGUCCAGACCCACUUAAAAUGGGGAAUGUGCACUGGGCAGCUCAGAUCAGUCCUGUUCCCCACAUCUGUGAUGGUGAUCUGAACCCCUGAUGUACAGGGGAAUCUCCCUGGAAAGCAUCAUUGUUGGAAGAGAUUUUUGAAACUGUGGUGCCAAACCUUAAUAAAUUAUGAGAUGAAGUGAUAGGACUGAGAUGCAUUUUGGCAGUCUUGCAGCUUGUUAGAAGUUGCUGGUGUUUUGUUUAGAUAAAGAAGAAAGGAACUUGGUGUUUGUAAUCCAUUAUGUCAAUUUAAGGUGUUGACAUAAGGUAAAGCAAAGGGUGAUGGAAUAUAGCAGUGAUUAAAUCCCAGUGCAAUCAGGUCAGGUGAUAGAGUACAAGUACCUGGAGUAAACUCUGGGAUUACCUGAGAGCUGAUUAAUGAAGGUGUAAAUUCCAUUCCUCUUCCUCUGCUGAAACAGCUCUUGUGUGCUGUCCCAAGGUCCCCAACACCUGCUCCACCUUUUCCCUCUGAGGGUGAACACCAGCCUGGCCAAGGCCAACUUGCCUUUUGCGGCACAGGGGAUAAAUUACAUUCUUAUGGAUUUGUGGAAGCACACGUCUCUGGAACAACUUUAUCCAUAUACAUGGGUGUUGGAAGAAGAUGAUCUUCAGGGUCCCUUCCAGCCCAAACUAUUCUGUAAUGUGUAGCAAAAGGUGUUAAUGAAUUCACUAAGCUACCAGCUUGAAGUAGUUUUAAAAUCAGGAUUUAUUGAACAGGUAUCUUAAGAUAAAGUAGGUUUAGGAAUUGGUAUAGAGUACUUAGGAAUAUUCCAUCCCUCUCCCAUAGCUCAUGACAGGAAAAUACAUCCUUUCCUUCAGCAGCAAGACUUUGAAUGUCAGAAGAUGAAUGAUUUACCAUUCAUGACAGUGCAGCAGAGAGGCCCCAGUGUACUGCUUUAGGUCACUUGCUCCAUGGUUUUCGUAGUUCUGUGUCUUUUACUGAGCAAAACUGUCAGCACCAAAAUAUCUGUACCUGGGCUGCAGGAUAGUGAGAGGAACAGGAGGUUUUGUGCAAGUCCAGUUGUAAGGAAAGCAGCAAUAUUUUUGCAGGGCUGGGGUAGUCUGGAUGUGUGGUUGUACAGGGUAGAAGCUCUUCUGACAGGCGUGUUCUUGGUAUCUGUGUUGUUUCCAAGAGUUUCUGGCUUGGUGAUUCAGGAACAAAUUUAUUCUUCCUGGGAAAAACAGGGGCAAGUGGGCCAAAAAAAAAUCUCUGACUACCUUGUUGUGGCUGCUUUCAGUUGACAUGCUCUAUCCUGGAUGUGAGUUUUGUUCCUUCAGGCUCCCAGGAUGUUUGCCCAAAGCUCCCGGAACUCAGCGAGCCCCGUGCUGCUGCUGAUGCUGCUGGGCUGCGUCCUGUGUCCCUCAGCACAGGCCAGCAAGAGCUCCGAGGACAUUCGCUGCAAGUGCAUCUGCCCCCCGUACCGUAACAUCAGUGGGCACAUUUACAACAAGAAUGUAUCCCAGAAGGACUGCAACUGUCUGCACGUGGUGGAGCCCAUGCCAGUGCCCGGGAAUGACGUGGAGGCCUAUUGCCUGCUCUGCGAGUGCAAGUACGAGGAGCGCAGCACCACCACCAUCAAGGUGAUCAUCAUCAUCUACCUGUCGGUGGUGGGCGCUCUGCUGCUCUACAUGGCAUUCCUGGUGCUCGUGGACCCCCUGAUCCGCAAGCCAGACCCCUACACCCAGCCCCUGCAUAACGAGGACAGUGAGGACACUCGCUCCCUGGCCGGAGUGCCUACCCUGGCUGGUGCCAGGGCAAACACGGUGCUGGAGCGAGUGGAAGGGGCGCAGCAGCGCUGGAAGCGGCAGGUGCAGGAGCAGAGGAAGACGGUGUUCGACCGGCACAAGAUGCUGAGUUAGGUUCUGCUGGGCUCUGCCCUAUCAGGACGCCCCAGCGUUGGAAUGGAACCUCCAACCCUCCCAGAUUCACCGUCUCCAGAGGGAGCAGCAGCCCCAAAGGCUUCUCUGAUUGUGUCCCCUGUCCUUCCCCUGCCCAGCUGUGCUGGCCCCUGGGCUAUGGCUGCCGUGUGGAGCUCGGCUGAACACAGGACUCCAUCAGCCCACCCCAGCAGGGACAGGGGCUGGGAACAGAGCACUGGGAACUGGCUGAGUCUUCCUGGGAUAAAAAUAGUGGGAGAAUUUUAAUGUGGCAUAAAUUAUGUGUUGUUUCUCCAGGAUGCAGCAGCCACUCCUCCUACAGUGUGCACUGAUGGUCCCUGGGCAUUGUGGUGCUGAGCCACGUGUGCAGCACAGGAUCCAAGGGGAGGGGGUUUCUGCCAGGGGGCACUGCUGCUUCCGCUUAUCCUGAUGUAAAUGGAAUCUAUCCAGGUUUACACCAGCAUAACUGAGACUGCAGCUUGCUUCUGGGCAGGUGAAUAUCACAAAACCUGUUAGUACCUACAUCUGUAAGAGUUCAACAGGCAAAAAGCUGGUUUAUAUUUCUAUCUUUUUGUGCUCUACCAGUAGAUAAAAACCUCCAGGGGUGAAACCUCUCCAUUUGUACACACACUGGUGACCCUUGGUGUUCUCCCAGGGUGGGCAGCAGCAUUUUUGUCCAAGAGAACUGGGGCAAAGGCUCUCCUGGAGCACUGGAAACACCUGUCAGGGCCCUGGGAAGUGAACACUUGUGCCACUCAGAACACUCCAAGAGCUCUGACAGGACUUGGGCUGUGUGGACGAAGCAGCAGUGGUUCUGCCAUAUGUAUUGAUCCCACUGAGAACAUUUGGAGUUUAUGGUGUAGCACAUGUGUAUUAAAUGCAGAUCUAC